AUGAAGCUCACCGGCGCCACCUUGGUCUCUUCAGGCCUGCUCGCCGCUUCGGCCGCUUCCACUGCCAUGGCAGCUCCUGCUCCACCAAUGUCCUCGUCCAGCUCUCCGGUUCACAUCCCCAUCCAGAAGCGAUCCCCAGCAGUCAAGCGUUCAGGCAACGACUUGCUCAACUGGGCCUACGACCAAAAGGCCAUCCUGCAAUCCAAGUACAAGCUCGCUUCCACGCAACACCAGCGUCGUGCAGGCAGUACCCCGCUCACCAACGUUCAGUACGAUUCGUCCUGGGUAGCCCCGCUCUACGGCGGCACCCCGUCCAAGCAGUACGAGGUGGUGCUCGACACAGGUUCCGCCGAUCUGUGGAUCUCUUCGCAGUACUACUCUCCCUCUUCCAGCAGCACCUUCCAGAACUACACCACGCCAUUCGACAUCCAGUACGGUUCGGGCGAGGUGGCGGGCUACGACGCCACCGAUACCUUUACGCUUGCCGGUACCACGGUCAACAAUCUGCACUUUGCUGUCGCGCAGUCCGUCUCGUCUGGCUUGACGAGUGCUGCCAUGGAGGGCAUCAUGGGUAUGGGCUUCCAGCGACUUGCCUCUUCGAGCCAGCCUCCCCUCUGGGUGGCGGCCGGCGUCAACACUUUCUCGUUCUACCUCGAGCGAGCAAGCUUGACCUCGCCCGAUUCGACCCAGGCAGGCGGCAUCUUUACGUUGGGCGGAACCAACUCGAGCCUGUACCAAGGCGACAUUAGCUACAACUCGCUAACUGAAGAGCUCUACUGGAUGGUGCGCCUCGGGGCCGCGGGGACCAAGGGAUCCAAUGUCAACCUCAACGGCCUGACCCGUGCAGCCAUCGACACGGGUACCACGCUCAUCGGCGGACCUGACUCGGUUGUCCAAGCGCUGUACCAACAGAUCCCUAACGCGCGAUCGCAGGGCAACGGAUACUACUCCUUCCCCUGCAGCUCGUCUGUCGACGCCACGCUCACGUUUAACGGCAUUCAGUACACCAUUCCGGACUCAGACUUCAUCGCAGGCACGCUUGACCGCUCGGGCAGCCAAUGCCUCGGCGCCUUUUUCGGGCUGGGCUCGUCGAGUCAGACCGACCUGCAAUGGAUCGUGGGUGACGCAUUCCUCAAGAACGUCUACUCGAUUUUUACGACCAAUGGCAACGGUGGGAACGCUGCUGUAGGCUUUGCAAGCUUGGCUUCUGGUCUCAACUCGGGCACCAACUCGAAGAGCGUCGGUUCUUCCACUACCAGCAGCACCAGCACCAGCCCUGCACCCAGGACAGCAGCAAGCUGGAGCUUGUCUGCCCUGGCGGCAGCUGUAGCCGUGCCUGUGUUCGCCGCUGUCUUUGCCUGA